AUGCCACCCAAACGCAAAGCCUCUCCCGACCCCUCCUCAUCCACCAAUGCUGCGCCAACCCGCAUUUCACACUGGCUCAUGAAAGCGGAGCCAGACACGCGUCUCGAGCGCGGUUACGACGUCGCCUUCUCCAUCGACCACCUCUCCGCCUGCAAAACCACAAAGUGGGACGGAGUACGCAACCCCGAAGCCCGCACCAUCAUGAAGGACAAGAUGCGCUUCGGCGAUCGCGUCCUCUUCUACCACUCCAACACCAAAAUCCCCGGUGUAGCGGGUCUAGCCAGGAUCUCCUCGCAAAAAAGCUAUCCGGAUCCAUCGGCGUUCGACAGCAAACAUCCGUAUUUCGACGCGAAGAGCGAUCCGGAGCAGCCAAAGUGGUGGUUGGUGGAUGUAGAGUUUGUGGAGAAGCUGCAGAGGUUGGUUCCGUUGGGGUUGCUGCAGAAGUUGGCGGGGAAGGGCGCGGAUGGCAAGGCGUUGAGCGAGGGAGAGAGGAAGGAUGUUGGGUAUUUGACGGAUGAGCAGUUGCAAGCGAUCAGAGGCAUGGCUUUGUUGAACAGAGGCAGGCUAAGUGUUCAACCUGUUGAGGAGGUUGCAUAUGAUGCUGUGAUCGCCUUGAGCAGGAAAGGCGGAUGGGAGGGAUGGGUUGGAAAGUGGAACCCCAAAGUCGGUCCAUCCGCAGCAAAGGCGAGCAACGAAACAACCACGACGACGCCCGCGUCAGCGUCCGCUGUCAAGUCGGUUCAGAACGGCAAGAAGAGCAAGCAUCAUCAUAGUGCACCAGCUGCCAAAACAGCCAAGUCGAACGCAACGAAGAAGAUCAAGACCGAAGAAGAUUCAAAACCAGCACCCGCCGAAGGGCUCCGUCGAUCCUCCCGUCGACAGAGCGGGGUGUGA